AUGGCCCAUAGGGCCAAACGGGCGCUGGGCGAUUCGGGCGCAGGGGCGCUGCGGGCGUGCGGGUUAACGGGCGGAGCAGAGGGCUCCGCCCGCCGAGUGGAGCGGAACGGAGCCGGGGGGGCUGAGCCCAGCACGGCGGCGCGGGGCAACGAUGAGCAGCGCCAGCAGCAGACCAGCAGAAGCUGGUGGGGGGAGCAGCAUGCGGCGAGCGGCGCCAGGGUGGAGCGGACGGCGAUAGCAGGGCGCCGGAGCGGCGCGGCGAGUGGGCGUGGCCGGCACGGGGCGGCGGGCACGGCCGGCAGGGGGCGUGAAGGCGCUGGCGGUUGCGCAGCACGCGGCAGCAGAGCUGUGGCGGAGGCGGGGCACUAG